CGCAGGAGUUGUGCAUUGCAGAGCCAUUGCGUUGAAGCUGUCUGCAGACUCUGCGCGUCGCACCGCUGCACCGCCAGCCAUCCAGCCAUCCAGCCAGCAGAUCAGGCAGUUCCCUCCCUCCCCUAUGCACAACAGCAGCACACAUGAAGAACACUCACACAGUCAACCCAUUCUUCUCCCCCACACACGUCUACUCCCGGCCUGCCUGACCCGUCAGCCGCAGGGCGUAGGUCUGCCUGUGACAUCCACACAGGCAGACACAACGAACCUCACAAAAAGCCAGCCAGGCGGAAAGAACCUCCCUCCCCAGCCACACACACACACACACAUGCUGACCCCUCGAUGAAUGAGUCAGACAGACAGGCAGGCACCCGGACGGGCCAGGGAUUCGUUGCAAACAGAGGGCCGGAUGCACUCAUUCCGACAUACCUACCUUGCGGCACGUCGACAAACACAACACGACGAAAAAGAAAGGAUGUCGGCCACCACAACAAAACACUACAGGGACGACCGACGCACAACAAAGAAAAAGUCAGUCAGUGGGAGCGCUCGGGGGCGCCCCACCAGAUGGAAUAAACCCCCCACACCAUCCUCAUCCACCAGUUUUGCCGCGCCGACCUCACCCACCAGGUGUUGCCCUCCCCGCGCUCCCACAGCAUCAUGCCGUUGACGUCGUCCUCGUACCACCCCUCCUCCGCCUCCCCCUCCACUCCAGCGAGGCCGGUCAACUCGACCUGGGUGGCCAUGAACGGCUGGAACUGGAGCUUCGGGGGGGCGGGAGGGAAGGGGCGCGUGUAGUGGUAGUAGUGGUGCUGUGAGGCGGGUAGGGUGGGGGAGUAGGUGAUGGGUGGGUUGGCCGGAACUGGCGGGGCCUGGCCGGUGGUGCUGGCGGCCUCGUUGGCCUCUCGGGCUUCGAGCUGCUCCAUCAUCUGCCCAGCACACAGCACAGCACAGAGAUGAGACCCACAUGUGUGUUUGUGCAGACGGAGCUGUAUGGUGGUGGGUGGACGAGAAAGGGUGUGUCGCAGACUCACCGCCCACAUGCCCCGCGCCGCCGUUUCCAACUCGUCCAUGGACAGGCCAUCCCUCCACCUCUCGAACUCCUGCACAGAAACACACACACAGAAAGCCACCGGUCCGGAACACACGCACCAAGCUCCAUUGGUGUGGCGGUGCAAGUGUGCAUGGCGUGAGCUGCCUUGCAUUGGCAUGUCUGCCCUCCCCGCCCUUUCACUCACCGCAGGGUGGUCCAUCUCCAGCCGGCGGUACUUCACAGACCACUAGUGCGGGUCGUCCCUACUCAGGUCGGGAAAACCCUCCGCGGCAAUGGCCAUCUUCUAAACGACAGCAGCGACGUGAUUCUCCGCACAGACACACAGCACCGCCGUGCCGCU